AAAGCCGUGUAAUUUACGCUGUAAACUUCAGACGUGAGGUCUUUCCUGGAUGAAAUACACAUUAUUUUGCUGUGGUUUGCAUUUUUUACUCUAAAGGAGGAUAUCAGGAGGAUCCAAAACAAUUCCGCCAUGAGUGCGGCGGACAGGCAGGGGAGAGAUUACUUCGUUUCGAGAGAAGACUACCACAAGAUGGUCGAAAAAGUAAAACAAUGUGAGGCCGAGAAACUCCAGGUUAUGACAGAUCAGGGAAGUUUAAUGAGAGAGUUUAACAAGAGAAUGCAAGUUCAUUUAGAAGAAAUACGUUUGCUAAAAGACGUAAAUCAGAAACUUCAAGCAGAUCUUCAAGAAUUGCGGGAUCUGACUUGCUAUUUGGACGAUGAUAGGCAGAAGUGCCGAAAACUUGCUCGCGAGUGGCAACGAUUUGGACGUUAUACGGCAUCAGUUAUGCGAAAUGAAGUAGCAAAUUAUCAAGAGAAAUUGAAAGUUUUAGAGGAUAAACAAAGUGAUCUUUCACAAGACAAUGCAGAGUUAAAAGAACUUUGUCUCUACCUUGAUCGAAAGCGGGAAUCCGUCGCUUUAGAAAACCGAACUUUCUGCACUAACUGCUCACAGCGUGUUGCGAGUAACCCGAGUUUGUCUCCAACCAAACAAAACAAUACAGGAAAUGUCGUCGAUGAUCGUAGAAAUUCUUUUUCUGAGAGACUUGAAGCGAAGUUAACGGAUAUUCAGGAAGGAACAAAUCAUGAGCGAUCGCCUUCAGAAAGGGAGAUAUCGUCCGCCUCACAUAAGGCCGAUGUCGCAAAGAAGAGAGUUUCUUUUACCUUUCCCGGAGACGUAGACACAGAUACAGAUAGUGUUCCAAGUGACACCCCACCAAGAAUUCCCAGGAGUAAUGGAAUUAAAAAUGGAAAUCAACCAGGAAUUUUGAGAAAUGGCAUGAAACCACUUCCCAGACAGGGUGACCUUCCCUUUCCUUCACCUCAACACAUGACGCCAGAAGCAGUUGCUCAGGCAAUGAAAGUUUUAGAAAUACAUGAGAAGUUAGAGCAUCCUGAUAACCCAGGUGAUUCUGAUGAACCAGCAGACAGACUGGGUGACAAUGAGGUGGAAGUUCUCAAAGAAAUGUGUAAUGUUGUGUGGAGAAAGUUAUCAGACGAGCCAGAACAGAGGCAAAAUGGUACCAAUGGGCAUGAGGAGGAAGAAAUCCUUGAAGACUUGUUGUAGACUCUGUUACAGUAGUUGCUUUAAAUCUUUGUCUUGUCAACAUUUUUUCUUGAUAACAGUAGCAAAGCAGAUUAAUAUUUAUUAUUUAAUUGUGAUCGGAUAAAAUACUGUCAAACCUUUCCAUAGUAAACAUCUUUGGACAGAAGGUAGUGGCUAUUGUAGAGAGUUGGCCUUUAUGUAGAGGCUUUAUCUGCAAGCAUGUCUUCAUCAUUAAUGCUUUGACACAAGGAAUUCUUUGCCUUCUAGAAAGUAUGAGGCCUCUAGCAUUGGGGGAAGGGUUGUGGCAUGACAGCUCACUCUGAUGUUCUCAAAGGCUUGAAUAUUGUUUCAUUUCUGCUUCAGCUAGUUUUGGCACAUGAACUGGCUAUGCAGAGUGGCGGCCAUGUAAAGAGGUUGAAAAAAAAUGUUUUGCUGGAAAAAAUGAUAACACUGCUGUGGCACAAUGAGUAGGUUCCUCUGUAGUACCCUUUAUUAACCUUCAACUCCCAGAAGUGAUAUAAAUUUCAUUUCUUGCUAUAAUAUCCAUGUUUUCCUGUAAACAGGUAAUGAGAAUACACAAACUUAUCAGGUAGAAGGUGUUACCUAGAUCUAACACCAAAUUCUUGUAACUUAUUCACAAGGAAUUCUGUAGCAAUUAGAGGGGAGAAUUAAUAAUCAGAUCUUGGGAGUUUAAGGGUUAAAUCUAAUAUGGAUUCAAAAUUUAUUUGUGGUGUUUUUAAGUGCAGUGAAAUUGUUGUGUAUAUAGAAGUAUCUAUUAACUGCACCACACUUUAUAUAACUUGAUUUUACCCAUCACACUGGGGUAUUCGAUAUUUUUUGUGGUACAAAUAAUAGUUGGACCUUUUUAAAUUAUUUGCCAUGAUCAUGAACUGCAAGGUGAAAUCUCUUCACUUUAUUCUUGAAUAAGUUGAAGUCUUGUGUAGAGUAUAAGUAAGAGUAUAUGGCCUUUAGUCAACUUCUUAUAUUUUCAUGGCCUCAGAAAACCUUUUACUGUUUUCAAGUAGUCCAGCUCUCUAGUGGCAAGUUAUUUCCAUCCCAGGGUUUCAAUUACAGUGGUUCUGAAAGCAAAGGGAGUUUUGGAGGUCUUUGCAAGUCUCAAAAUUUGGAAUUUGCACCAAGGACUUUGUUGGAUGAAGGGUCUAUUUUGGUCUGUGUUGUUGAAUUUUUCCAGUGGUUUCCUAAUCUUUAACCAUUGGGUGAAGUUUUUUUGAUAAGUAAAUAUCCAUGUUUGAAAGGUAGUUAAUUUGAUCAAGCUGUAAAGUAUUACUGAAGAUUUUGCAAAAGCUAACCUUUGGAAAUGUAAAAAGACCAGAGAACAUUUAUGCAGUUUUUACCUUUCAUGACAGAAUUAUGCAUAAUAUUUAUUUGAUAUUUAAAUGUUUUAGCAAGGUUUUAUGAUUUUUGUUAUACAUGGAAAGGAAAACUGUCACCUGAGAAGGAAAUGCUGUUAAAAAAAUAUUUACCAAGUUUUGUAAACAGAAGAGUAAUUUAUCUAUGAAUAAAAAUAUUUGAUUGAAA